AUGUCUUUUGUACCAUUUCCAGUGAGAGGUAUGGCAGCAACUCGUUACAGGAACGGCGAAGAACGCAUUGUUGGCAUUAUUGGAGACGAGGACACAGUCACUGGUUUCCUUUUGGCGGGAACUGGGGAUAAUCGGACAAGCGUUGGUCAAGUGAGUGGAGAGAAAGGGAAGGGUGCACAACCCAACUAUGUGGUUGUGAAUCCCACCACACCACUGGCGGAUAUUGAGUCUGCGUUUACCAACAUGUGUGCAAAUGAUUCCAUCGGUGUUAUUAUUAUUUGCCAGCAUAUAGCGAAUGACAUACGUCAUCUGAUUGAAGAGCGCAAUGAGCCUAUUCCUUGUGUUCUUGAGAUCCCUAGCAAAGGAGGUGUCUAUGAUGCUGAGAAGGACUACGUUCUUGAAAAAAUCAGCAGAGCACUUGGCAUACGAUAG